AAUCAACAUAUAUCUUGGUUACUAACAGCUUCCCCUGGGAAAACACAAAACAAAGUGCAGUUUAACUUUUAAACAGUGAUAAUGGCAAGCUCCAAUUUAGAUACUAUUAUGAGCGAAGACGAAUUCGCCACAUUUGUAGAUGGACUUCCGAGGGAGAAAUGCAGAGGACCUAUUAAUUUUUGGUACCAGUGGGACGGCUAUUGGUACCGUAUAGACUUCUUAAAAGCAGCCAUAGCAGCUCAAUCUGGUUUCUUGGCUCGGGAUGAUGAUGUUAUUCUUACUUCAUCUACGAAAACAGGUACUACUUGGCUCAAAGCUCUUAUCCCUUGCAUCAUGGCCCAUAACAGAGAUAAUAUUGAUCAUGAGGAGGAUGACCCUUUACUAAGAAACCAUCCAAACCAACUCAUACCAUCUAUUGAACUAUCAAUAUUCAACCCAAAUAACCUAGAUCCCGAUGUCCUAAACGUUGACGAAAUGCCUUCUCCUAGGCUCUUUCGGACUCACCUGCCUUAUUCCAAGCUUCCAGAGUCGAUCAAGAAUGACAAUUCCAGCUGCAAAUUAGUGUACAUUACCCGCGAACCUAAAGAUGUUUUUGUGUCGUUAUGGCACUUCAUGAAUUCGAUAUCCAAUGCAGAGCCUUGUCCAACUAUGGAUGAAGAAUUCGACAGUUUCUGUAAAGGCAUUCAUCUUUUUGGCCCCUUUCAUGACCAUGUUUUAGAGUACUGGAAUGAAAGUUUGAAGAAACCCGAGAAGAUACUUUUCUUGAGGUAUGAAGAGAUGAAAAAAGAUCCGAAAGGGCAAGUGAAGAAGUUGGCUGAGUUUCUUGGCAGACCUUUUGUGAACGAGGAGGAGCUUGAUAAUGUCCUUUGGAGAUGCAGUUUGGAGAGGCUGAAGAAUCUUCAGGUUAACAAGAAUGGCUUGGAACCUUGUCUUGGCAUUCCUAAAAUUGCUUAUUUCCGCAAUGGUCUUGUUGGGGACGGGAAAAAAUCCCUCACAAAAGAGAUGCAAGAACGUCUUGAUCAAAUUACACGCGAAAAAUUUGAAGGCACUGGCUUAGAUCUUCAAGUUAUUUAAGUCUCUUCCUAGCUUAUUAUUUCCAGGCAAAACUCCAUUUGUGAUUUGU